UACACCAGUGAAUUUAGUUUUUUUAACAAAAUAAAAGUCUUAACGUGUUUUAACAAAAUGAAAGUGUUAACGUGUUUGUAUUUGGUAAUCUUAAAUGGAAUACUAUUGGUUGAUUCCUCCAAAAUUCUCCUGAUGUUUACCUUUUUUGGAAAAAGCCAUUAUUUUUCAGGAAGAUCGCUUGCGAAAGGUCUUGCGAAAGCUGGACAUGAUGUUACUCUAGUUAGUACAUUUAAGGAUACGGAUAAAGUGAAAGAGUAUACGGAAGUGUUUUUGGAUGGAGUAAAUGAACAACUAGGAAUUACUUCAAGCUUUAAUGAUAUGGUAUUAGAUACCACUGCUCUAGACACAAUGAUAGGAGUUAAUUACAUAAGCAAAUUUAUUACUGAAAUAAGCCUAGGGCAUAAAAAGUUUCAAAGUUUGCUGAAAUCGAACCAAACAUUUGACCUCAUCAUUCAGGAAGACUUGUGCAACGACGCUCUUAAAGGUUUAUCGUGGUAUUACAAUGCACCAAUCAUACUGUUUAGCGUGUUUUCAUCAACAAAUCAUUUAGUGUCAGUAACUGGCAGCUCGGUACCGUCGUCGUACGUACCUAAUGUUUGGUCUAGGUCUGUUUCUUAUCCAAUGACGUUUUGGCAAAGAUCGAUGAACUUCUUUUUGAACACAUUGGAAAGCACUGUAUUACACUUAUAUACAUAUGUUGUUCAACAAUGGAUGUUGGACAAAUAUUUUCCAGGUGCUCCUGAUUUAGAAACACUAAAUAAAAAUGUUGCUUUAAUAUUCGUUAACAACCAUGAAAGUGUUAUGCCUGCAAUACCGCAAGUGCCCAACAUGGUAAACAUUCUAGGAUUUCAUUUGAAGGAAAACAGCAAACUACCAAACGAGUUACAAAACUUUAUGGAUGAAGCAAAAUAUGGUGUCAUUUUAUUUAGUUUUGGAACUUUUAUUAAUGUAUCAGAUAUUAAUAAUGAUACCAAAGUAUUAUUUUUAAAAUCUUUUCGAAAAUUAAAGCAAAAAGUAAUAUGGAAAUCCGAUGAAUAUAUUAUGGAAAAACCUGAUAAUAUCCGAAUGGAAAAAUGGAUUCCUCAAGAAGAAAUUUUAGCUCAUCCUAAUUGUAAACUAUUUAUAACCCACGGUGGCUUCAAUAGUGUGAUUGAAACAAUUUACCACGCAGUGCCUGUGUUAGCGAUGCCCUUAGUAGGAGAUCAGCACUUCAAUGCAGCCCGAAUAGUGGAUCUUAAUAUAGGAAUUAGUACAUCUUUUAGAGAAAUAACUGAGGAAAUCCUUGAUUCUUUGUUAGAAGAAAUUCUAACCAACAAUAAGUAUCAAGAAAAUGUUAGGCGAAGUUCUAAUCUUCUUAAAGACAGACCAGUAAAACCUAUGGAUUUAGUUAAAUAUUGGGUGGACUAUGUAAUACGUCAUAAAGAUCUAUCUCAUAUGAGGCUAUCGGGCAUAGAUUUGGUAUGGUAUCAAUACUAUUCUGUAGAUGUAAUAUUGCUGUGGGGAGGAGGUUUCAUUGCUGUGAUAUAUUUAUUACCAAGAGGUGCCCCAGCUCCAGAGACAGAAAGACAACCAAUAGACAAUUUAGGCCAAAGAAGCUCAGUGUCACGAGCUUCAUCAGUAUACUCAACAAGGAGUAACCAGUCCAUAAUUGACCUUGAAAAAGAAUAUACCUAA